UAUAAAAAUUUGGAAAGUCAAAAAUCUGAAAAUUUCAAAUUUCUGUGUACAUGUCAUAUAUAUAUGUAUUUGAUUUCUUGAACUCGAAAGCAAGCGGUGGGAGGCUCAUUCCAUUGCACACAAAUACACAUCAAAAUGGUACGCUUCUUGUUUUCUGUUAUUCGCGGUUCAGGCAAUUCUAAACCAAACGAAUGUUAAUUUUACGCACAGUGCAUUUGCGAAAUGUUGACAAGUGGUCAGCUGUUUCCGGUUUAUAAAAAUAUAGGUGGUUCAAUAGGAAUCCACGAAAAACCCGGCUAAUUAUUUUUAAUUAAAUAAGGAGCAUUUUAACUAUCAGCACCAGAAUAAACAAGCAGUGUGUAAUGAAGUUCUAAUGUACGUUACCUUUUUGCUUGGUUUCCUUUUCGUUGUUACGGAUAAUGUUGGAGAAGGAAGAGUUUGAAGCAAACACACCGAGAAAUGGUGAUAACUCGCCCGCUAUUGCAUCGAAUUCAGGAAGUAACGACGUGGCCAAGGAGUCGUAUCAGAAGUCUGCGGUAGAAGAGAAAUUGGCCAGCAAAAUGUUUUCGUAUGCUAGAGAAAACAUUUGUUUUUUUCUCGCGAUUAUUUUUACCGCUCUAGCUGUUCUACAUCAUUCACCUCCCAAAGUGUCAAAACCUCCAUCAGCUAAACCAUUUUUUAAUCAGAGUUCAGUGGUCUUGGAUUUUUAUAAAGGGCAUCUAGGAGCUAUGAUAGAAAAAGUCACAGAGGCAGAUUUUAGUUUUGUUAUGUUUUAUGCCCCAUGGGAUGCAGAAAGUCAAACAGUACGUCAAGAAUUUGAAGCAGUUGCUGAAUUUUAUCAUACUCAGAUUUUUUUUGCUGCCGUUAAUUGCUGGCAUCCGAAUUCAGAAUGUAGAACUCAAUAUGACAAAAUUCAAAGUUACCCGGUAUUUAUGCUUUAUCCUUCGAGGGAUUCUGGUAUACAAUACAGGGGUAUACGUACAUGGCCAUAUAUGGCAAGAUUUGUUAAUGCAGUGAUGAAUCCAAUUAUUAGGAUAACUUGUAAAGAACAAUUAGUAGAAUUGCUUGUAAAUUAUGAUGCUGUUGUAGUAGGUUAUUUUAAUUUCACAAGAGUAGAUAGAACUCCUGGUUAUAGAGAAUUUUAUAAGGCUGCUAUAAGAGCUCUAGAAAGGGAUCCAAAUAGGGAAUUAGUUUUCGCUAUUGUCACCAGUGCAUUAUCUAGCGAAGCAGAUUAUAACGUUUAUAAAUUUCCAUCUGCAAAUUUGCUCAUGUGGAAUGAAUCUCUGAGGUAUCCAGAAGACUCUGAGUGGACUUCAGAAAACAUAUUAAAUUGGAUUAUCAGCUCCACUCAUCAACCAGCUCUUUGGCUGCAACCUCCUGGAGUAAAAUCACUAACAUUCGCGCCAUAUUUGAAGGAAGGACCUGUACUUUUUCUCUUCACACCUCGUAAUCCUUUACAUUCUGAAAAUUACAAUUAUAAUCUGAUGAAAGAAGUCGGAUUACAAUAUUAUAGUUGCACAAAUAAUAUCUUGGCCAAAGGUAUAAUUGAAAAUUUCAUUCUCAAACGUCGUACUGCUAUUACCAGGCAUUCGGAAAAAAAUAAAUUAUGUACGAAGCUGUUGAAGGAAAGCAAAGGCCUGUUAACUAAAAAGACAGUGAGCAUUUCUAUGCAACGAUGGAUCAAUGAUAGCUGCUGUGCUAAUAUUGUAAUGAAUAAAUGUACUUUGUGUAAAAGGAGUAUAUCAAACAGUGCCCAAAAGGAUAUGUCCGUUUGUAAACUUAUUUCUGACAAACUUGAUCACGUAUGUAAAGAUACAGAUAUUUUUAAAAUUUCUUCUGUGGCUAAUUUGCCAGAGAAAUACGAAAUUUGUUGCAAUAAGGAUUAUGAAACGGUAAAAGAUGAAGAAGGAUUUGAAUCUAAAAGCCAAAAGUACAAAAUGUUGUCUACUUCAACCGAAGACGAUGUACAAUCUUCAAAUAAUGUUAAACAAUCAUAUUUAAAAACAGAAUGCAAAAAAUGGAUGGCAGGAAACAAAUAUCAUCAACCAGUAUUUCCACGAGAUUCUUCUGAACAUCAAAAUAUUAAUUUAACAGAGUCAGUUUGUAAAAUUAAUAAAACACUGGCAUUAAUAGCAAUCGAUAGUUUGUAUUACUUCUAUUUUGCGGAAAGUUUUGGAAUAGAUAUUUUAAGAAAAAAAGAUAAGACUGCUGUCAUUAUAGUAGAUGCUGCUCACGAGAGUCAAUAUGUUAUGCACGAUGACUUUAAUCGAUAUAAUCUCGUACAGUUUAUAAACAAUUAUACUCAAGGAUUUUUACAACGCACGCUACGAUCCAAUAAUUCGAGACGUUUUUUGCAAAAGUUUAAAACCAAAAUUAAUUGUGAACCAAAAGAUACACAAAGUAUAUGUAUACCAGAAUUAACAACUGAAAGCUUUUCAAGUAUCGUUUUAGAUACAUCAAAGGAUGUGGUUGUAAUGUACUACUCUCCUUAUUGUGCAUUUUGUAGCGCGAUAUUUUAUGUAUACUUAACAGUAGCUCAUUAUUUUCGCGGAAUGGAUCAUCUUUUAUUCGUUAGAGUCGACGGUGAUAACAACGAUUUACCAUGGGAAUAUAAUAUGAAUCGAUUCCCAUCUAUUCUUUUUUUCCCUGCCAAAAGAAAAGAAGAUAGCACAGUGUAUCCGUUUUCUCUACCGGUUACAAUAUCCAAUCUUGUUAAUUUCGUCUUAGCGAAUUUGGACGGAGAUUCGCACGUUGAAGCUCUUGUAAAUAUUUGUCAAUCUGGAGCUGGUGAAAUUCCAAAUGUAUGCAUUGCUCGAACUCGUUGGCUGUGUUUAGAUAUCAUUCAACAAUUGCUUCGAGAUUAUAGAAAGUUAAUAAGGCACAUUAGUUUAAUAAGAAGAAAUACAAAGAAUAAGAAGAAAAUCAUUUUAUUAAAAUUAGCACACAUCAAGGAUAUACAUUUAAUAUUAGGUUCUACUGAUGACCUGAGAAAGGAUCAACAUAAAGUAAAAUUUAUUAGAGAAAAAUACAAAAAAUAUUAUGAACUUAUUAGGUCAAUUGAAGUAGAUAGUAAACAAAGUGUCACCGAGAGUACGACAAAUUCUCUUUUACGACAAAAUGUUAUCGAAAAAAAAACAAUUAAAAGCGAAUUGUGAUAUAAACUUAAUAAUAGAUAUAUUAUAAUAAUUGUUAUUUCACUUAAGUUCUUUUAUAACUACGUACUAACGCAUAUACCUCAUGAAGAUUUUUAUUUUGCAAACAUGAAACGUGUUCAGCUAAGUUGUACAUGUCGCAGACAAAUGAAUAGUAUAAUAUACAGAAACAAUUCUGUGUUGCCCUUUUCGUAAGUAUACGUUGCAAAAAGAGGUAUACGUUUAUUAUCUCUGUAUGAAACAUUCCCUGAUUACGUUUGGAUAUUUAAAUGCGUUUAUACAAGUUUACGACAUUCUAUAAAAAAAAAAAAAAAUGAUCUGCU